CUCCCAACACAGUUGACGAGCUCAUCACGGAAUCACGAAGCGAUCUUGUGUUCGGGCCAUGAACCGUUAGGAGAAUUGGCUUACAAGUCCUGGAACAAUGAGCGGUCUGCGACCGAAGUGCACCCAAUGGAGCGCUAAUGCUCGAAGCAUUUCCCGUCUGAAAGCGUCGCAAGCUACAGCACGAUGCGAAUCGCUUUACAGUCGUCGCAGAUGGGCCAGCACGGGCUCGGGAUACAAAGAUCAGCCUGAAGACUUUCGGGCGCAGCUCUAUGCAAGCACGUUUGCCCGCGUGCAGAAAGAGAAGGAACAGCAGCAGAAGUUUUCCGAGAUGAGAGAAGCUCAGCGGCGACCCAGCGGCGGCACGGUACUUGCGGCCAUCAUUUUUGGCGCCGUUCUGGCGGGUAUCACGGGCUACAAAUGGGGCUCGAUGCUUCAUCCUAACACGGAGACGACGUCGAGCACGCUGCCGCUAUCGCAAUCGCGUCCCCCAAAACACAAAACCGACGAACCGAACUUGCAGGCGGCGUGGGCAGACUUUGUGGCUAUCGUGGGCGAGGAAAACGUAUCAACGGCAGCUUCGGACCUGGAUUCACACAGCGGCUCGUCAUGGUCAACGCACCCUUCGCUACCAACCGAUCGCCCCUUUAUGGUCGUAAAGCCGCUCACCACGGAGGACGUGAGCGCCAUCAUGAAGAUCUGCCACGAGCGACGUAUACCUGUAACCCCAUAUAGCGGAGGCACGAGCUUGGAGGGUCACUACGCAGCGACUCGAGGCGGCAUAUGCAUUGAUUUUAGCAGGAUGGAUAAGAUCAUCAAGCUCCAUAAGGAAGAUCUCGAUGUGAUUGUGCAGCCUGCUGUCGGGUGGGAGGUGCUAAACCAGGAGCUGGAGAAGGUUGGCUUGUUCUUCCCCCCCGACCCAGGCCCAGGUGCGCAGAUAGGUGGGAUGGUGGGAACCGGUUGCUCGGGCACGAACUCGUAUCGCUACGGGACAAUGAAGGACUGGGUGAUCAGUCUGACGGUUGUCCUCGCCGACGGCACGAUAAUCAAGACCAGGCAGCGACCGCGGAAGAGCAGUGCCGGUUAUGAUCUGACUCGUUUAUUUGUCGGCUCCGAGGGUACUCUCGGUUUGGUCACGGAAGCUACCUUGAAAGUCACGCCUCUCCCACAGCAAACUUCUGUCGCAGUGUGCUCCUUCCCGACAAUUCGUGCGGCAGCAGAAUGUGUCUAUGAUGUCGUAGGCGCGGGCAUCCCCAUCGCCGGCAUAGAGAUCCUCGACGACGUACAAAUGCGCUGCGUCAACCUUGCAGGCAUGACAUCUCGCACCUGGGCCGAAGCUCCAACCCUGUUUUUCAAGUUCGCUGGCACGCCCAACAGCGUCAAGGAGCACAUCAAGAUGGUGCAAGGCCUCGCCAAAAAGGCCGGCAGUAAAACGUUCGAAUUCGCCAAGGACAAGGCUGAAGCGGACGAGCUGUGGAGCGCCCGCAAGGAGGCGCUCUGGGCAACGAUGGCCCAGAAGAAAUCAGAUCAUGAGCGCGUGUGGACGACCGACGUGGCCGUCCCGAUAUCUGCUUUGCCCACCAUCAUCGAGGAGACAAAGGCCGACAUCUCUGCCUCUGGCCUCACUGGUAGUAUAGUUGGCCACGUAGGAGACGGCAACUUCCAUACAAUUCUCCUGUACGAUCCUGAUACGGAGAGGGAGAAAUGCGCGAAAUUGGUGCACAAGAUGGUCGAUCGGGCAAUCGAGCUGGAGGGCACAGCGACAGGCGAGCAUGGCGUUGGGUUGGUCAAGAGAGAUCACUUGCCCCACGAAGUUGGCGAAGAGACUGUGGAUCUGAUGAGGCGGUUGAAGCUCGCCUUGGACCCGCUAUGUUUGCUAAAUUGUGACAAGGUGGUUCGGGUGCAGAAACCUAAGCCAGGCGAACCCCAGAACUAGAAUCGCCGCUCUAGAAUAGCUAUAGCGUCCUGAUCAAGCUGAUUUUCAAUGUAUUAACAUGCUCAAUGUAUUCUCUUCUGGCCC